AUGUCGUUAGGUGCGCGCGCGACGCCGUCGAAUCCCCCCCUCCCUCCCACCCCGCGUCCUCGCCCCGGCGAUUCGAAUCCAACCGUCCGAGACGGAAGAAGAGAUGAAACGCGCGAACGAACGCGAGAGAAAAGCGCGUCAGCCCGCGAACGCGAUCGACUCAUCACCUCUCCCCAACCCCCGCCCUACCCCGCCAAACUCCCUUCCGCAGACUUCUCCGAGACGUACAAGCGCACGGGCCCGCCCCCGACGUUCAGCCCGGACGGGCGAUACCUCGCGACCGCGGUGGACCACCGAUGCGUGAUCCGCGACGCGGAGUCGCUCGAGGUGCUCUCCAUCUCUCAGUGCGUCGAGCACAUCGAUCGCGUGGAGUGGUCGCGCGACGGCGACCACGUCCUCUGCGCGCAGUACCGCGUCGGCGUCGUGCAGUGCUUCUCCGUGUCCAACGACGCGUGGACGUGCAAGAUCGACGAGGCGGCCGCGGGAUGCGUCUACGCGCGGUGGACGCCCUGCGGCACGCAGAUCAUCACCGUGGCGGAGUUUAACGUCCGAGCGACGGCGUGGUCGCUCGUCGACCGAAGUUGCGUCGUUCUGGACGCGCCCAAGUUGGCGUCCGCGGACGGGUUCUCGUUCUCCCCCGACGGGAAGUUCCUCGCGUACGCGCGCAGGGAGGCGUGCGUGGAUUACGUGAGGGUGGUAUCGACGAAAACGUGGACGACGGCGGCGGAUUACCGCGUCGCGACAAGCGACUGCGCGGGCCUCGCGUGGUCGCCCGACGGCACCUCCAUCGCGGUGUGGGACGCGCCGCACAGGGACUCGCUCGUGGUGUCGUACGCGCCCGACGGGACGCUGAAGAAGAAGUACGCGGACAAGAACGAGGGGCCGCUCGGGGUGAAGAGCGCGCGGUGGUGUCCGGAUGGCAGCGGCAUCGCGAUCGGGUCGUUCGAUCGGAGGUGCGUCGUUUUGAACCACGUGUCGUUCGCCCCCGCGCUGGAUUUGCGUCACGCCGACGCGGUGCGACUGCCCACCACCGCGGCGGUGUACAAGGAAGUGGAGGAGGGAAACCCGUACGACAUGGAAGCUUCCGCGCCGGACGCGAAAGAGGCGCAGCUGAAAGCGUUGCACAAGGGCGAAGCGCGCGUCAGCGCGCGGUACGUCGUCCAAAAACUCCCGGCGCCGGUGCCGACGACGCGACCCGGGACCCGUCCCAAGCUCGGCGUCGGGCGAACGGAGUGGUCGCACGACGGUCGGUUCAUCGCGACCGUGGACGAGAAGUCGCCCACGGCGGUCUGGAUCUGGGACGCGGUCGACAGCGGCCUCGCCGCGGUGCUGCUGCAGAUGGGAGACGUGACCGGAGUGAGCUGGGACCCGCGCGGGGAUCGGUUGGCGGUGGUGACCGGCGGGGAGAGGGUGUACGUGUGGACGCCGGAGGGCGCGUCGUUCGUGCAGAUACCGCUGCCGGACUUCAACGCGAAGGACGUGGCGUGGUCGCCGACGGGGGGGGAGAUGGUCCUGAGCGACGAUAAGACGUUUUGCUGCUCGUUCAUGCAGUGACGACGACGACGACGACAGCUCGCGUCGGGUUUAAUAAUUUAAGACGAAGGUAGAGAUUUACGUC